AUGACUCCCGUUCACUUUGCUUUCUCAACUACCUUUAUGUUAGGACUGACAGGCCUAGCAUUCCAUCGAACCCACCUCCUCUCAGCCCUUUUAUGCUUGGAGGCUAUAAUACUAUCCCUNUUUAUUGCUCUUUCAAUCUGAACCCUACAACUGGAUUCAACCAACUUCUCCGCCUCUCCCAUACUCUUACUAGCNUUCUCAGCUUGUGAAGCAAGCGCAGGCCUNGCCCUGCUAGUUGCCACCUCUCGUACCCACGGAAGUGACCGACUACAGAGCCUAAACCUCCUACAAUGCUAA